AUGCUGGAUGACACUUAUGCUGAAAUCUGUUUUAAUUAUAGACCCAAAAAAAAAAUGGUUACACCUUAAAAAUAAUAGUCUACUUUUAAAUCAAAAUAAGAUGUUUAUGAUUAUGUAGAUAAAUUGUAAGCAUAGGCUAAAUUACCACCGAUUGAACAUGAAUUCUAUUUGAAUUCAUUUCGUUCUUCUAAUUCAAAUAAAUAUAAGCCUAUAUAAUGUUCAAAAAGUGUUCUUGUUUAAAAAUAAACAAAAAAUACAAGACUUAAUAGUUUAAUGAGUGAGAUUAGUAGUACUUUAGAAGAAGGGAUUAUAACAUAAUAAGAAAUAAAUGAUUCUUAUUCAAAAGAGAAAAAAAGAUUGGAAGAUAAAGAGUCAAAAUAUUCUAAGUUAUUAUAGAAUUUAGAAUAGAAAAAUCAUAUAACUAAUUCUAAUUGGAAAAAUUUAAUAAAACAUCAUUUUAGAAAUCUUAAUGAAUAUAUGGAUUAUGCUAUUAAAGAUAUCAAAGAAGAAAAACAUUUUGUUUAUUCGCAUUAAAUAUCAACUAGACAUCAUUAUUUAUUUGUAGAUAAUGAAAUAAGAAGAAACUUUUUAAAAAGAAGAUAAACUAAGACAUGA